GCCGUCUCCAACCGCCGCCUGGGCAGCGUCCGCGGCGCGCCCAAGUCAUCGCCUCCCGGGCGCCGGGCCCGCCUGUCAUCCCCUGGGUCCAACCGCGCAUCCGAGGCCCGCGAGGAGCUGCGGCGCCGCCUCCUGGGUCUCAUUGAGGGCAACCGAGUGAUGGUCUUCAGCAAGAGUUACUGCCCGCACAGCACGCGGGUCAAAGAACUCUUUUCUUCCUUGGGAGUUGAAUGUAAUGUCUUGGAACUUGAUCGAGUUGAUGAUGGGGCCGAUGUUCAAGAAGUACUGUCAGAGAUCACUAAUCAGAGAACCGUGCCCAAUAUUUUUGUGAAUAAAGUGCAUGUGGGUGGAUGUGACCAAACUUUCCAGGCACACCAGAGUGGCCUGUUACAGAAGCUCCUUCAGGAAGACGCGUCAUACGAUUUUGACCUCAUUGUCCUUGGCGGUGGUUCAGGUGGCCUCGCAUGUGCUCAGGAAGCUGCCAUUUUGGGAAAGAAAGUCAUGGUGUUGGACUUUGUGGUCCCGUCCCCUCAGGGCACCUCCUGGGGGCUUGGCGGUACUUGUGUAAAUGUGGGCUGUAUUCCUAAGAAACUGAUGCACCAGGCUGCCCUUCUGGGGCAGGCAUUAACUGACUCAAGGAAGUUUGGCUGGGAGUACAAUCAACAAGUGAAGCACAACUGGGAGACCAUGACAGAAGCGAUUCAAAACCACAUCGGCUCUCUAAAUUGGAGCUACAGGUUGUCUUUGAGGGAAAAGUCUGUGGUCUAUAUCAAUUCCUAUGGAGAAUUUGUCGAACAUCAUAAAAUAAAGGCAACCAAUAGAAAAGGACAGGAAACUUGUUAUACAGCUGCAAAAUUUGUCAUAGCAACAGGUGAAAGGCCACGGUACUUAGGAAUCCCAGGAGAUAAAGAAUACUGCAUUACUAGCGAUGACCUUUUUUCUCUGCCUUACUGCCCUGGCAAGACAUUAGUAGUGGGUGCAUCUUACGUUGCCCUGGAAUGUGCGGGGUUUCUCGCUGGCCUUGGCUUAGAUGUCACGAUUAUGGUGCGCUCAAUCCUUCUCCGUGGCUUUGAUCAAGAAAUGGCAGAGAAAGUGGGUUCCUACAUGGAACAAUAUGGUGUUAAGUUCAUAAGAAAAUUUGUGCCUGUGAUGGUUCAACAGUUGGAGAAAGGUUCACCUGGAAAGCUGAAAGUAGUGGCUAAAUCCACUGAGGGACCAGAAACUAUGGAAGGAUUAUACAACACAGUUUUGUUAGCAGUUGGUCGUGACUCCUGUACGAGGAAAAUAGGCUUGAAGAAGAUUGGUGUCAAAAUCAAUGAGCAGAGUGGCAAAAUACCAGUAAACGACAUGGAGCAGACCAACGUGCCCUAUGUUUACGCUAUUGGAGAUAUCCUGGAGGGUAAAAUCGAGCUCACUCCCGUUGCCAUACAGGCAGGCAAGCUGCUAGCUCGGAGACUUUUUGGGGGCUGUUUGGAAAAGUGUGAUUAUACUAGUGUUCCAACAACAGUGUUUACUCCUUUGGAAUAUGGCUGCUGUGGAUUAUCUGAAGAGAAAGCUAUUGAAAUGUAUCAAAAAGAGAAUCUAGAGAAUCGGGUGAUAGGAUUUCAUAUUCUUGGGCCCAGUGCCGGUGAAGUCACCCAGGGAUUUGCAGCUGCAAUGAAGUGUGGGCUCACAAAGCAGUUACUGGAUGACACCAUUGGAAUUCACCCCACCUGUGGUGAGAUACUCACCAGUUUGGAAAUCACGAAGGCAUCGGGACGCGACAUCACCCAGAAGGGCUGCUGAGGCUAGACCUGCUGCUGGCUGGUUCUCCUUGUCAUAUUCCCAUUUCUUUCACGAGCGCUUUCGGAUAAAGUGGGUCUGUGCUCCUGGCACCUGCUCUGUUUUGUGGGAACCAGUGUGGACCUUUCUUCACAGCACGAAGACGACGUGGACAAGGAGGCAGGACAGCAGCAGGCAUGUAGGCAUGUGCUCAGCAGGCUCGGUGGGCUGGAAGAGGCAGCGACACUGCCUCCUUGACGUCUGAGCUCGGAACCCCAUUGUGAGGUGAGCUAAGACUGAUGCUCUUCCAAAUCAGAUCUGAGCUUCUCUCUGAAAGACCUUUGAAUCGCACAGUUAAUCUAAGUAACUCUUCUGGUUGCUGGUGUUUUUAUCCCCUUGCUUUGUUGUUUCUGUGAAAAUAUACUGUCAGUUAGAAAUGGACUAUAAAACAGUCUUAGAGUGUGCAGGCCUGGAAUCCACACGUGGCUGCUGGUGAGAGGUGUUGUGGCAAUGCCUAGAGUAGCUGCUGCAGAGGACUGGGUGUGUGAGGAAGUCGCACAUGCUCUGUAGUCUACCGGCUGUUCCUCCUUUAAGUACGCGUUUGCCCACUGUCAGACACCCGCCUUGGCCACGCCCUGUCCCAGUUUCCCAUGGUGACGACCUUGGAGUCCCUUCUCUUAUCAGUGUGCCCCAAACUGAGCAGAUUGUCUCAUUUCAGAGAGAAAUGCUUGAAUUUCUUUUUCGUGUUGAUUCUAACAGUAAUAUUAAAAGUUUUCAAUACUGUAUUAUUUGGAAUUUCACUAAUUUGAAACUGUUUAAAAUGAUUCAGUCCACCGCUGUUUAAUUAUAGUCAAGUUCAGUAAAUGAACAGUUGAUAUUAUGAGAUUCCAGUUGAAUUUGUACCCCUGGCACAGUCUAAAAGGCCCUCGAAGUGGGAGGCCUAGCCAAGGUCCUUCUGGGAAACCUCUUGUUUCCUUGGGGAGCGCACCACAGAGCAGCCUGACCCAAGGCUCUCAGACAGCCACUGUGCUCCUGAGCAGCACACGAGCCAUCACCCAGUGCCAUAGGAUUGGAUGGUUCUGCGGUCAGAAUUUCGGACAUACCUUUUUAAAAGAAAAAUUUUAGCCAAUAAACAGUUGGUGAACACCUUCUGUAGAUGGGGCAUUUUGCUCCCCUCUCUGGAGGCAAGGAGUGGGGCACAGCUAGAGGUGGGUGGGAGACCCCAAGAUGACUGACAAAGGAUCCAGUUUUUUAAUUGCUAUGUUAUUGGGGAAAGUAAAAUACAAAUCUAACUCUCUGAAAAGUAAGGCAGGGUGUAUUAGUUGCUAUAACUGAGGUAGUAAGAGCACAGUGGGAAACAGAAAGAUACUAAUUUCCAUGGGAAUGGGGAUAGGGUUGGGAUAGCUGAUCUGAGUUUAGUGGAAGCAGUUAUAUCUGAACUGAAUCUUGAGGGACAAAUAGGAUUUCAGUGAUUUGAAACAAUAUGGAGAGGCUCUGAAUGAUGCUUUCAGAGGAUUCAACUAAAAUACUAGAUAAAAUAGUUUUUAAAAUCUCUUUUUGUUACCAUAUUGCUGAGCACCACAUGGACACACACAACCAAGGGUUUCCAGAAACCCUAAUGAAGUGAAACCAGGAACCGUGGAAGUCUUGAGAGCUUCCGUUUUUGUACUGAGCAUAGAGCGAAAACCUAAAGCCCAGGAUUGCCUGGGUGGAAUUUCAGGUCGGAAAACCUUUUUAUAAAACUGGGGCCUUAAUGAGCUGUACCCCCAGUAGAAGAGUGAGUGAAAAAUCCUCUGCCUUACAGAGAAAAGCAGUGAAGAAAUGUGCCUGUCUUCUCACUGGCAUUUGUGAACCCACCCAGAGGAUUUAUAGCUACUGUUCAGGUAACAGACCAUCAGGAAGGCUAAUUAUCUUCCCUUCAAAAAGAGGAGAGAAGGCUGAGAUCUGAACCUGUCUGUGAUUGGCUCCCUCACACACUCACCAGCGCUUCAUCUCUUUCCUUUUUUCUACUCUCCUGGGAUAAAGAUGUUUUUAAUUGUAAUAGAUAGAUUUUUACCUGGCAGAUAAAACUUGAAUACAUCUAAAACAUACAGAUGCAUACAGAUCAACAAGGAAAAACUGACAUCCUCUGUUAUAGUAAAGAUUUUAAUUGGCCUCAGUUAUUAGAUCAAAUACCAAAAAAAGGUCAUUAAAGGUACAUAUUUGAAUAGCUCAAUUAAGAAGCUCAAUUUAAUGAACUUAAGACUACAUCUAACAUGAAAAUGUACUCAUUUCAGGCAUAUAUGCAAUAUUCAUGAAAUUUACCUGUGCUAGGCCAUAAGGGCUGGGCUCAACAAAUUUCAAAAUCUGGUAUCAUCAUGUAAGGAUGCUGCAAAAGGACUUCAGCUGUGGGACUAACACUAAGAACCCGAACCUUCAGAUCCGUACAGUAUGAAGGAAAGUGGAGUACCAAGGUAGUGUGAGUGAGGGGUUAGGGGGAAAUCAAACUGCAGGAGCCAGGUUAGAGCCAGGAACCAGUCAGAAGAAGCUGGGAAUUAUGGAAAGAACCUAAACUUCGAAGAAUGAUAAGAUUUGGGAAUACCUGGUAUUAUGACUCAUGAGAAAUAUGUCAUAAUAAACUACUUAACUUUUCCUAGUCUGCAUUUAUUAAGUACAGACUAUAUUACCUGUUUCACAGAUUUAGAACAAUCAAAUACAUUUGUUGAGUUCCUGACACCUGGUGUAGGGUAUCUUGGCUUCUGUGAUGACAAGUCAGGGGCCUUUCUAAGGAAUGCUCCUGCAGACAUGGGGUAGGUGCCCAUGCAUAGGUGGGUAGGGGAAAUACCGGCAUACAGUGCUUUGGCAGAGUUCACUGUGGUAGGCAGCCUCCACAGCUCUGGAUGGUCACAUCCUUUUGUAGUCCCCUCCCACAUUGUACCUAGGUUGGUCUGUGUGACUAGUGGCAUAUGGCGGAAGUGAUGGUGAGUCGCUUCUAAGAUCAGGUCAUAAAAGGAUUGCAGCUUAAGUUUUCGUGACUCUUGUGCACUUUCUUGGACCAAUUGCCCUGGGAAAAGACAGCUGCCAUGUCAUGAGGGCUCUCAGGAAGCCCAUGGAGGGGCCCAGCUGGUGAGGAAGUGAAGUCUCCAGCCAACAGCAAGAAACUGAGGUCUGCCAGCAUCCAUGUGAUUGAGCUUGAAGUGAAUACUUUCCUAGGCAAGGCUUCCUAUUCCAGCAGCUUGGCUGCAAUCUCUUGAGAGACUUUGGGCUAGGUCAGUCAGCUCAGCCACUGUCAGAGUCUGAACCCUCAGGACCUGUGACAUAAUAAAACAUUUCAUUUUUCAAGCUGCUGAGUUUUGGAGUAAUUUGUUACAUAGCAGUAUAUAACUAAUAUGUCCACCAAGGAAGUUAAAGUAAGUAAAAAUUUGAUCAGUUAAUUAAAAUAUAUUGGGGAACUUUUUCCCUAGGGCAGACAAAAUAAAUCUCAUGUGGAUUUGAGAUUGUAUUAAAAAGGGAUUGGAGUUCAGUCAGACUUACCACUGAUUUACCUUUUCAUGGCAGACAAAGAAACCUCUAAGCAGGAAAGCUUGAGGUCCUCACUAAAGUGCCAAGUCAGUGAUUUGGGGCUAUGGUGGGUCUCUGUUCAACUUCCUGGGAGCAUCAGUGAUUUCCAAAGCUCACAUAAAAGAUUACUAGGAAAACCUGUUGUAGAAAUUCUGUAAUAAAUAAGAUAAAUAAAAGAAUAAUAAAACCUGUAAAAAUACAAUUUCAAAAACCUGUAAAUAAAAAUUCAUUUUACAA